ACGAGGCUCUCAAAAAAGCAAAAAGUCUGAGCUUUUUUUAGUACUUCUUUUCUUUUCUUGAAGUCCACUGUUGAGUUGAACCUCUCUAUUUCUCUCUCUGUCUGAAUUUUCUUACCCAUCUGAAUCCAAUUCCUAUAUUUUCUGGGUGGAUUUGUUCUCUCCUCAGCCUAUACAUACAGUAUCUUGUAUCUAUACUUCUCUCUUCUUCGUGAGCCUCACCAGCUCCUUGUUUCUUUUCCCUUAAUUCAACUCAUUCAAACACAGACGACGGCGAAGACGGACGGUUCUUAGCAACUCGUUCGAUCUUGUUUUAGUUUUGGGGUUGAAUUGUUUUCUGGGGAAAUGGCGAAGCGUGGAUAUAAAUUGCAGGAGUUCGUGGCACAUACGGGAAGUGUCAACUGUGUAAAUAUAGGGAAGAAGACUUGUCGGCUUUUUAUUACUGGUGGAGAUGAUCAGAAAGUGAAUCUUUGGUCGAUUGGCAAACCGACAUCUUUAAUGAGCUUGUGUGGUCAUGCUAGUCCAGUUGAAUCUGUUGCUUUUGAUUCGGCAGAGGCUUUGGCAUUGGCUGGAGCUUCUGCUGGUGUGAUGAAGCUGUGGGAUUUGGAAGAAACAAAGAUGGUGCGCACUCUUAAUGGACACAGAUCCAAUUGUACUGCCGUUGAAUUCCACCCAUUUGGUGAGUUUUUUGCAUCUGGUUCCAUGGACACUAAUCUAAAGAUCUGGGACAUCAGAAAGAAAGGAUGCAUUCACACCUAUAAGGGUCAUACUCGAGGAAUAAGUACUAUAAGAUUCACUCCUGAUGGUCGCUGGGUAGUUUCUGGUGGAUAUGAUAAUGUUGUAAAGGUCUGGGACCUAACUGCUGGGAAGCUCCUGCAUGAUUUCAAGUUCCAUGAAGGACAUAUUCGAUCUAUGGAUUUUCAUCCCCUUGAGUUUCUUCUGGCAACAGGUUCAGCUGACAGAACUGUGAAAUUUUGGGAUUUGGAAACCUUUGAACUAAUCGGAUCUGCCAAAACUGAGGCAACAGGAGUACGAUCAAUUACCUUUCAUCCUGAUGGGAGAACCCUGUUUUGUGGAUUGGAUGAUAGUUUGAAGGUUUAUUCGUGGGAACCUGUGAUAUGCCAUGAUGCUGUUGAUAUGGGAUGGUCAACACUGGGUGAUACUUGUAUCCAUGAUGGAAAACUUUUGGGUUGCUCAUAUUAUAGGAACUCUGUUGGAGUUUGGGUGGCUGAUGUCAUGCAUAUUGAGCCAUAUGGUGGUGGUUUAGUACCUGACAAAAGUAUCCACUCAGAGCAGAAAUAUGAUCUCCAGGAAAGCCCUUUGGAUAAAAUAGGGGGCCACAGAAGGUCUACUUCAAAUUUGCGCUGCAUAUCUCCCGAUUAUGAGACUAAAGAGAUAAAGAAUAUAUAUGUGGACAGUCGAAAUCCUGUUGCAAGAAAAUCUGGAUCUUUUACUUCUCCAAAGGUUGUCCUCCCAUCCGAUUUGAAGGACAUGAAUGAUCUGACAAGUCAGAAGCAAAGUCCUGCAGUUGGCUUACGUGCAAAAAUUACCGGGCAAGCCAAUAGUAAAUCCUUCAUAAUUCCCAACGUGGUACCUCGGGACAUCCCUGAAGGAAGAGACUCGACAAAUUCUAGAAGAGAAUCUAUUGUUUCUGUAAGAGCCAGCACUGGAAUGCCACUCAAGCCAACUCAUAGACGAAGGCCAUCAAAUACCAAAAUUGGGAUGGACAGGGUGUCAACCGCUGUUGAAUCUGGGUCUUUUGACGAUAAGAUGAGUACUUCAGACAUUAUGGAUCAGAACUUUCGUAGCAGGCUAGGUGACGACGCUAGAGAAUCUUCUGAGGAAAAACAUUCGAAUAUGAAGAAUGUUGCAGAGAAAUUUGAAACAAUUUCCUCACCGAAGACACCCUUUAAUCCUGAGAUCUGUGUUGGGACCGUUGAUUGCAGCAAAGCAAUGGACUCUGUGAAAAUAGUGAAUGGAGUGGCAAUUUUGCAAGGACGAACACGCAGUCUGGUUCAGAGGUUUGAGGGGAGAGAAAGAUUGAGCAGCGAUGAAGUUGAGACACCUGAUCUGACCCCUCACAAAAUACCAGAGCCAACUAUGACAUCCCCUUUGCUGGUGCUGCAGCAUUUUUGGGAACGGAAUGACAUUAAGGGUGCUAUAAUGGCCAUGCGGAAGUUGCCUGAUCAUUCUGUACAAGCAGAUAUUGUAGGUGUUCUCAUGGAGAAAAUGGAGAUUGUCACCUUAGAUUUGUUUUCUUGCUUGCUGCCUGUUCUGUUGGGCUUAUUGGAUAGCAUGAUAGAAAGGCAUGCCAGUGUUUCCCUGGAGAUACUACUGAAGCUUGUAGCAGUCUUUGGGCCUUUGGUCUACUCAACCAUAUCAGCACCUCCAGCUGUUGGUGUCAAUCUUCAGGCAGAACAAAGACUUGAAUGCUGCAAUCAAUGCUUCAUCCAGCUUCAAAAGAUACAGAAAAUUCUUCCGGCACUUGCAAGGAAGGGUGGGUUGCUAGCAACAUGCGCUCAAGAACUAAAUCUAGUUCUUCAGGAAUCAUAAUCCUCCUCACCAUGUCCACCGAAGUACCAUCUACAACUUGGCUGUUACCCUUCAACAAGAUUCUUUUAAGCGACCGCCCUUAUUUCACAUAAAGAAUAUCACAAUUUUGCCGUGCUUGUUUCUACUUUUCGCUACAAUUUGCUACUCUUUUCGGUAGCCAAGCAGUUUGGCUCGAGGGUACUUGCAAAGUGAAGCGAAGAGUACUGCUAGUUCCAGUUGCCACUGCAACUGGUUUGAGAAGGAAGAUUUGUCUCCCAGCACUAUGACCAUUUUCAUGGUGCGUUCUUCUUCCUGUGUCUCUGGAUAUAAUCGUAUGAUUACAUAAUCUUUGUGACUAUAUCUGUAUGUAAUUAUGUAUGAAUCAUGGACAUUGCCCUUAUAAAAGUCACCUGAGUUGUAUACAUGCUUAUGCAAUGUUAAUGCUAUGUAAGCUUCUUAGGUUUGUUCAUUUCUUGCUUUACGUUUGGAGGUCGAUAUGUUCGUUUUUUUAAAAGUAAUGCUACAUAGACUUAGAAUGUUGACUCGAUUAAUCUCCGUAUAUAACUGUGG